AUGACAUGGCCUGGCGGUCCUUUACGGGACAAAGGAUGGUCUCAAGAAUCUACAGAUCUCUUGUCCCAGCAUGUUGCAUAUGCUGGCUUGAAAAUCAACAAUGGCAAGACAAAGACCAUGGCCGCUUCGAAGCAACUCAACAAUCAUACACAGAUGCGUGCACUCUCAACAUCAAGGUCGAUGAUGUCACUGUGGAGUGUGGAUCAAGUCAGUCAUUUUACUUACUUGGGAGCUGUAAUAUCUGCUGAUGGAAACCUGGAUAAAUAUCUGGAUAGUAGGAUUGGCAAGGCAGCGGGCACCUUAAACACCUUGUCCCGUGUCUGGAACAACCACGAACAGACAGAGGAAAAGACAGAUGAACAUACAGACGAAAAGAUAGACGAACAGACAGACGAAAAGACAGACGAACUAACAGACGAACAGACAGACGAACAGACAGACGAACAGACAGACGAACAGACGGACGAAAAGACAGACGAGCAGACAGACGAACAGACGGACGAAAAGACAGACGAACUUACAGACGAACAGACAGACGAACAGACAGACGAACAGACGGACGAAAAGACAGACGAGCAGACAGACGAACAGACAUACGAACAGACAGACGAACAGACAGACGAACAGACAGACGAACAGACAGACGAACAGACGGACGAACAUACAGACGAACAGACAGACGAACAGACAUACGAACAGACAGACGAACAGACGGACGAAAAGACAGACGAGCAGACAGACGAACAGACAUACGAACAGACAGACGAACAGACAGACGAACAGACAGACGAACAGACGGACGAAAAGACAGACGAGCAGACAGACGAACAGACAGACGAACAGACAGACGAACAGACAGACGAACAGACAGACGAACAGACAGACGAACAGACGGACGAAAAGACAGACGAACUUACAGACGAACAGACAGACGAACAGACAGACGAACAUACAGACGAACAGACAGACGAACAGACAUACGAACAUACAGACGAACAGACAGACGAACAGACAGACGAACAGACAGACGAAAAUACAGACGAACACACAUAUGAACAGACAUACGAACUUACAGACAGCUCACCGUUAUAUGGUAGAAGAUGUAGGCACAGUAGUAGGUAA